AAUGCGAGAGAGUCCUCCUUAUUCCUAUAGGCUCUCUACCGCAGCAUAUAACCCCCCCGGUGUAGUAGACGUGUGUGUGUGUGCGCUGUUUCCACUGCGUUGAACUUUUAUAGCGGGCGGAAUAUCUCUCGUGUGGAAUAGGAAAGAGAGAGAGAGGGAAAAAGAGACGGACUUGAAACUGGGCGGUCCGUUGGGAAGAAAAAAAAAGGAGAGACGUAGAGAGAGAGAGAAAAUCCAUUCAAAGUCAAUAGGACGGAGCCUCGACAUAGAGAGAGAGAGAGAGAGAAACGGGAGAGAAACACACGGCGCCAUCACCUCCGUGCGUUCGGUUGGCUGUUUCGGCAUUUCAGUCGAGGAGCCGAGCUGCCUCCCGCCGGGCCGCUUUGAAUCACGCUCUCUCUUCUCAUCUUCUACCUCCUUUUUGAUUUUUUUGUUUUUUUUUUUCGGGAGGAGCUGCUCAUUUGCGUAUUAAAACAUAUCUCUUGUUUUGUUUUAUUCCGAAGAGGGAACCAGCAGCAGCAGCGAAAAUGAGAGAGAGCGGACGAAACUGUGUGCAACGCCAAAUCCCGACCCAUCAUCAUCAUCAUGUGGCCGUGAUGAGAGUCUGGUCGCCAUUUUCUCGCCAAUUGUAGUAAUUGUGUUAGUGCUGGCGAAAUUCCUGUAACAUUUUUUAUUUUCAUCCAAGGUGAGAAAAAGGAGAAAAACAAAUCGACAAAGUUGUGCGUGCUGGCGGUUGCCAACGUUCGCCUUCGGGCGUGAUAUUGUCACGAGGGAAAGUGUGUGUGUGUGUGUGCGUCUACUACACUCGGCGGCGCCGUAAUUGUUGUGUGUGUGUGUGUGUGCGUGUGCGUGCGUGUCGGGUUAUUUAUCCGUCCCUCGUUGUACGCGCGGUUAUUAGUUUGGCCCAACGGUAAGGAAGCGCGCACCUUGCGUGUGCGUCUGUUUGUGUUAUCGGACCGGAGAGAAUAAUAAGAAUUUCGGCGGUCAGCAUUUGUGAAAGUUCGACAUUCGAUCCCCCCCCCCAAAAAAAAAACAUAUAACACACAACACGCCAUUCAAAAAGGAGAAAACAAUCGGAAAUUCUACUACGGCCAGAGGCGCUCAAUUCCCCACUGAUUUUUUUGGGCUUAACUGAAAUCUGACGACGACAGACAUUGGCGUGAGAAUGUGCUGAUCGACUGUCAUCGGUCGAAUUUCCCCCGCUCGCACGCGGCCCAUUUCUUUCGGCGUCGACGCGAUGCCGAGUUGGCGGAGGGGCAAUCCAGCAGACCUCGUACAACACGAUCCACACACAACAACAACAACAACAACAACAACUAGAGCGAUAGCCGAACAACGUUGACAAACGUGAAAACAAAUAGGAGAAGAACGGGAAAACACGCGUUUGUCAAAAUUCAGAAAGAAACAAAAAAGAAACCAAAAAAGGAAAAAUAAAGUGUGACUUGAGAUAGUGAUCCGUAGAUAGGGAGGAGAAUAAACAAACCCCAAAAAACAAAAACAAAAGAGAGACGACGACGAUUGACGCGGUUGUUUUCGUGUGUGUUGGGGGUGAGCGUGAAAUUGAAAUAGAAAAAAAAAAGUGUUUGUUCCAUUUCCCGUUUUCUUCAUCGGCGAGCAGGACCCCGGCUCGACACGAAUGGCUGCUGCCCAUCAACAUUCUUCCGGCGGCGGCAGUGGCGGCGGGACGAAGCGGUCGAGAUUUCUGAACCGGCUCUUCCCGUGGCGGUCGGGUCAGAGGUCGAGCAGCGGGAGCCGGAUGAUGGGCCAUCAUCACAAGGAGACGCCCAGUCAAUUGUUUUCCGGCAGCAGCACGAGCAGCGUGCGACGCACGUCGCCCGUCGAUUUGAAUCUGGGCGGCGAAUCUUUGCCCAUGAUGGCCGCCGGCCCGCCGUCCGCACUAGUCAUCCCGUCUUCAUCACUGCCCAUUCCGCGCUUUCCCGACGUCCUGGUCGAAGCCGACGUGCCGGCCAUGAUCAUCUCGUCGCCGGCCCAUCUUCGGCGAACGCAGCAGCAGCAGCAGCAACAACGCCAAAAGGAUGUUGCUGCUGGCACGACGGGCUUCCGGAUGACGUCGGCCGGCCCACCGUCGGCUCAACGUCACCACCGCCCGCCGACUCCCGAAAACAUCGAUCACGAAGAGAUGAGCGCCUUACGUCAUUUGGCCAGCGAAUUGAACGCCGCACUGCGACUCUCCGAAGAGGAAAAUCUUCUACUCAAAGCCAAACUCCAAACGUUGGACGAGUGGGGCCUGAUGGCCGAGCAACAGGAGGAACUCGUCCUGGGCGGCAGCCAAACGGCCAAACUGGACCGGUUGAUCGAGGACCUGCGCGACAUCGCCUCAUCACAACCCACAUCGCCGUUCUCAUCGCCGUUUGUCCACCGUCGGAACAUGCGCGACCUCGGCCGAAUUCUCCAGCAGCGACAACUGGAAUUGCGGCGGUUAACGGCCGAGCUCCAGCAGACGCAGACGGAACUGUUGUUCACGCAGGUGGAGCUGGACCAGGUGCGCCGCUGUCUCCAGCGGCUCGACCAGCGGCUCUUGUACGCCGAAGACGAGCUGGACCUGGCCCGCCAAGGUCUACUCCAAGCCUCCAUUAGCAAGCAGAGGCUCAUGCAAGAGCUGCAGACUACCAGAGGCCUUCUGAUGAGGUGUUGGGGUCGUGUCCGCGAUCUGGAACAGCAGCAACAGCAGCAGCAGCAGCAACAGCCGGCCAGCAACGUGCUAGAAGGGAGCUGAUAGAAAACAAAAAGAUGAAUGACUAUUUUGUCCACAUGUAACUGCCAUCGCCACAACUUUACGUAUUUACCUCAACAGUGGCCGUGAUAACGAAAACUCAUUUGCACCUUGCCCAUCACACACACCCCUCGAUUCGGUUCGGCUUCCUUGAAAAAAAAAAAUUAAAAAUAAGUACUAGAUGACGUGGCGAUUUAUUGUCGUCACACACAGCCCGGACCGAGUUACAGUUGGAAGUCUGCGAAUCAUGACUAACCAAAAUACCAAAGAAAACCACAAAUUUCAAUAUUUGACGGAGGCCUGACCCCCCCAAAGAAAUAGUUUGCUGCAUGCUGCUGGAAAAAAAAGAAACAAAAAAAAAACAAAAAAAGAUGUCGGCUGUACAACACUCGAAGAUUGCCACACACCACCGACACAAUCCGAUCAUUAUUACCAAUUUACAUGUAACAGGAGACACUGCCGAGAUAUACGUGGAAUCAAAAAAGUGCGCGACGGGAAUAAUUUAAAAAAAAUGUGGUUUGUGUAAAAAGUGGACACAAACGAUUGGAAAUCAGCUCAUCAGGUCUCGACUGGAAGAAGUCAUGGCAUCCGACGGAGGCGGGAGCACGGUGGCGGCGGCGGCAGCCGCUGCCGCCGCCGCGCUCAACACUUGUCCGUUGCUCUCGUCGGCGCCGUCCAAAAGUCCGGCCUCGUCGCCGGCCACGGGCAAUCCAUUCGGAGCCCCGUCUUCGCCACCUGCUGAGGAGGUGUGACGGCCACUCGUAAUCGCUUGGGGUCGCCAUAAAUCAACGAGUGGACGUUGGGAGAGCUGCUGCGCGAAUUGCUCCGCUCGCGGGUGAUGUGAUGGGUGGUGGCGGCGGUGGCGUUUGUGCCUUGCAACUCCUGCUCGUCCAGGAAGCGAUCCAUGUAGUCGGUGGUGCCCGGGUGGAGGGCGUACUUUUUCUUUUCGAGUCGGGCCCGAUUGGCCAGCACGUCGUGACGCUCCGUUUUCUUCCACAAAUAGUAGAACUGGACCAACUCGCCGACCGAGCGCGUCCGCACCUUCUGCUGCUGGAUGUGGUGAAAGUCCUUGCCGAAAACGCGCAAACCCGACUCGAAAUUCCGGCACUCCUCUUCCGACCAGAGGGAAACGUUGUCGCACGGCGUCACGUUGCUCAUCUUCCGCCUCCGCACCGCUUCUUCGACGUUGUGCCCACACUGCAACAGCUGAUGCAAUGCCUGCAACCAUGUCAAAAAGAAAAAAAAAACAAAGAAACAAUUCACGUUUGGAAAUGAGCAGAAAAGUCAAUACAGUUUUUUCGCGUUGUUGCAAUUGUCU